AUGGCUGGUGCUUUGACAAUGGCUGAAUUGGGUACCGCAUUCCCCGGAGAAGGCGGAAUCCAACCUUAUCUCACCUACAUCUAUGGCGACGUCUUUGGAUACAUGGCUGCUUGGUCUUGGGUAGUGGCAACCAUGCCUGCUACCCUUGCUAUCCUCAGCAUAGUAUUUGUGGAGUCCAUUUACUCCAGUUUGGGCGUGAACGAACCAGAUCCGCCCCUCACCCACAAGUUAUUGUCUCUACUUGUCUUAGUAUUUGUAACGACAAUGAACUCCAUUAGCACCAAGACAAGUACUCGACUGUCUAGUUUCUUCGUCGCCAUAAAGCUGCUUACCAUUUUUCUCCUUAUCGUGUCUGGUUUAGUGGUCGUCUUUGUCUUUGUCGGAAAGAGCAAGGACCUUGGAGGUCGCGAUUGGCAUCAAAACAAUUGGUUUUCUCCAAGAGACACGAUACUGCCCGAUGGGUCGAGAUUCGAUUGGACGAAAGUGACUACGUGGGAGUCACUCGGCUUCUACAGCACAGCGUUGUACGGAGCUUUGUGGGCGUACUCUGGCUGGGACAAGGCGAAUUACGUCGCGGCAGAACUGCGUCAACCCAGUCGCCAACUACCACUUUCCAUCAAUACCGCUAUACCCACAAUCAUAGUAUGCUAUGUCGCCGCCAACGCUGUCUACUACGUUCUUCUCCCUUGGAAGGUUGUGUCGACAACAGAUGCUGCUGCUGUAACGGCUGUUACCCACUUCCUCGGCAAGGGAGUAGCUUACUUCGCUACCGCGCUCAUAUGUCUCGUCAUUGCAGGCUCCGCCCUAGGAAACUCCUUCGUGGCUGGUAGGAUGACCGUCGCAGCAUCUAACAACAAUUGGUUCCCGCAAAUUCUGGGCACAGUCGGUCGCGUCGGUACUCUGAAGGUGACUAAACGCGCUGAUUCGAGCGAGGCAGCUGACACGGCUAUGGAUGAUGGAGAGUCACCAAUCAAUGCUCUCAUACUCAACACCGUUCUCUCAGCGGUAUACAUUCUGCUCGGAAACAUGCGCAUCUUGCUUACUCUCAAUGGCCUUGCUGAGUAUGCUUUCUUCUUCCUCACGGUUCUUGGUGCCAUCAUUUUGCGAUUCCGUGAGCCCGAUCUACCGCGACCCGUGAAGCCGUUCAUCCUCAUCCCUAUACUGUUCGCCAUAAUCAGUGGUUUCGUCGUAGUCAGAGGCGCUGUAUUUGCACCGAUUCAGGCAGCGAUCCUUCCGGCUAUGGGUGCUAAAGAAGAGGGCUGGAAGAUGAGGUGGAGGCGAUAUAACAUGUACAUAUUCUUGCCACGCAUGCUCGUUAUAGCACCACAUGAGGAGCAGGUUCCAUCGCGUCUCACGCGAAGCGCGUGUGGCUUGAUUGCACUAGUGGAGGUUGAUAGCUUGCGCCGUCAUUCAUCCGAACCCCGCCCGUUCCGAGGUAACUCAUUAGCGCCAGCCACAUCUGUGUACCAGCUGCACAUCGCAACAUCUGCCCAAUAUGAUGAUGGCCUCUAUCAAGCAUCAGCGUAUUUCUACAUCAUUUCAGACAUCGUAGUCGCUGCCAUGGUCGUGCGUCCCUACUUUACACCUGACAAGCAGGUGCUGCCAUUCGAAAGGGUGAUCGCACUCGAACGCAUUGACAACUGGACAUUCCGCUCCAUCGUCAAAGCCUACUCCCCGACUGGUGGUGAAAAUGGGACGUACGGCGGCCACGUGUUUGCGCAAGCCGCAUGGGCUGCUGCACAGACUGUCGCAGAAGGAUUUCUCAUACAUAACAUUACCGGGUGGUUUGUACUAGGGGGCAAGCCUGAUGAACACUACACCUAUCGUGUGCGAAAGAUUCGAGACGGUUACAAUUAUUGCACACGAAAUGUGACCGUAAGCCAGGUUGCAGCCGACGGAGAUAUGUUUACCUGUACCUGCUCUUUCAAACGGGAAGAAAGCUCACCAUUCGACAUGCAAGAGUCUGUUGACCUGAAAGAGGUGUAUCGCGACGCACUAGAAGGCAAAGAAGACGAGCCAAUGGAGCAUGCGGCUGCUCCAAGCAAUGAUUCCGAGCAUUUCCGGGAAACUUACCUUCCAGCUCAUCCCGACCACUUUAACCCCAUCGCCGGCUUGCACAUCCGCAAGGCUGACAUGUCGAAGUACAAUCAGAGUCGGCAUCCACUCGAUCGCAAGCAACUGACCUUCUACACGCUACGCGGUGCACUUCCAUUACCAACCGCACCAUAUCCACCUCCCUCGGGAUCCGAGCAGAAGCUCACAUUGACACGAGAGGCUAACAUGCACGCCUGUGCACACUUGUACGCAUCGGAUCGUAACUCGCUAUUCAUUGUGCCAAACCAUCUCGACCGGCCUCGGGGUUACAAACGCAUGGCGUCACUAUCUCACAGCGUCAUCUUCCAUGUCGGUAUCAAGGACCUCAUCAUGCCUAAUGAACCGCGAAUUGAUCAUCCGAACGCCGACAGGACAUUGUGGGAAGAUGGUCCGCUACCACUCUGUAAUCUGGAGGGGCAUAAGGGCGGCGAUAAGGACGGACGAAAAUGGUUUGUGCAAGAAGCGUGGCUUACUCGAGCUACGGGAGGCAGAGCACUACAUAAUAGCCGUAUGUGGGACUAUAAGAGUGGCGUACAUAUUGCAACGACCUCCCAGGAUGGAUUAAUUAGGUUCAAAGAGGAUGCAAAAAUCUGA